AUGAAGAGCCUGCACCUCUACAGCACAUCAGUCACUGGCUCCCACAAAAUCAAGUCCCAGCAGAGUGAGGUGACCUGAAUCCAGGAUAGGAAGUCCAUCUAAUACCAACUAGUGGACAUCUCCCAGGACAACGCCCUGAGGGAUGAGAUGCGAGUCUUGGUGGGCAACCCCAAGGCUGCCCCACCCCAGACUGUCAAUGGGGACCACUACCGUGGAGGCUUUGAGCUCUUCAUGGAGGCUGUGGAACAAAACAUGCUGCAGGAGUUCCUGAAACUGGCCUGA